UACUGGAGGAGGCAGGGGCUCCCCAUGGGGCCAUUACUGAGGGAAGCUGGGCUGGCCCUAGCACUGGUCACUCUUCCCUUCCCCCCGCUCCCCCCCAUUUCCCCCCAGCUGGCUGGGCCCUGGCCUGUAUUUGCACCCACUUCACAGCCUAUUAGCUCCCUCCCGCAGCUCCGCCUGGCUCCUUUGUGCUGUUUCCUGGGGGCCUGGAGGACAGCGGCACCACUGGGGUCCCAUGAAGUCAGAAAGCUCCUCGUCAGCCUCCUCCUGGCCCUGGCCAAACACUCCAUCUGCACUCCCAGGAGGAGCCACCACCUGGAUCCAGAGACUGCUGGGAGCCCCAAGGCCCUCCAAGAGGAAGAGCCUGCAUGGCCCCAAGUGCCUGGCCUGACCACCGCACCGAGCCCCACGAGCAGCACGCCCGGGGACUGCUCUGAAUUAACUCCUGCUUGGACGAGAGCAGGUCCUUCCGAGUGUGCACCUUGGUCUAUUGCGACAGUCCUCUGGGUCCCCUUCUGGGCAGGCCGGAAGUUCAUCAUCGCCAACGCCCGGGUGGAGAAUUGCGCCGUGAUCUACUGCAACGAUGGCUUCUGCGAGCUGUGUGGCUACACACGGGCCGAGGUCAUGCAGAAGCCCUGCACUUGUGACUUCCUGUACGGGCCCCGCACCCAGCACAGCGCCACUACCCAGAUCGCGCAGGCCCUGCUAGGCUCCGAGGAGCGCAAGGUGGAGAUCUGCUUCUACCGCAAGGAUGGUAGGGACCCCCCUGGGCUGUGCCGUCAUGCCGUGGGGCUGGGUGUGGGCACAUGA